UGAGAAUCUUCUCCAGAGAAUGUUAUCUUUUUUUGUUACUUAUGCGACCUAUCUUUAAUGUAAUUCUCUGUAUAAGUCGCCAAAAUGAGUGCGGUACAGUUGGCGAUCGGCUGAAAUCUGUCGCUUUAGUUAUGUGACAGAUUGAGCUGUGGCGUAGCCCGAGGUCUAGGGUACGUCAUUUUGGUUGCUCAUUGCCUCUGGUAAAGAUCAGCUGUUGUUUUUGUUGAUGGUAGCUCACGCCAGUUUGUGACAGGUUAUGGGCAUUUGCAUUUAUUUUGCUGAAGCAUUGACAGCCGUUGCUAUACUGCAUGCCUUGGAAGUCCGAGUGUGGUUAUGGCAAUUAACAGAAAUAUUAUCAACUGCACUUCCUACACGAUGGCCUACGGUCAGCUUGUUGUCAUGGACUUUCGUGGGGCUUCUAUUUUGGGCCUAUCUGUACCUGCUGUAUUACAGAAUGGUUCAGUUGCUACUGAAGAGGAUGGAAUUGAUUGAACCACAUAGGUCCCUCCUGGUGGAAACCUUUUGGAAAGCUGGAUUUCUGUGUUGUAGCGUCACAUACUUUAUAACGAAAUUCAUUCUCGACCAUGGAACCAAUGUUGACGAUUGGCUUCCUGAACUAGUUAAACAAAACAUUUUUCAUGGAAAUGAUCCCGUCGCACCCUGUUCCAAGAAAUAUUUUGGCCUAUAUUGUGCGUAUUAUGUACAUGAUCUGUGGAUGACAACUUCGAGAAGAGGAUUUAAUCUAACAAGUUCAACGAAACUUUUCUUUUAUGUGUUUGUGUUGACUGCGCAUUUAAUGAGGUGUGUGAAGGCUGCAUACCUGUUUGUGAUCUUAAUGAACAUUGAAGCAUUACCAGCAUGUGGAGCAGCAGCCUUUGUUCUGUUUGACCGGCCUGUGUGGAGAGGUGCAUUUCAUAUAGCAGGAGUCGGGGUGAUAUCCCGUAUACUAUUUGCAGCUCACACCUUUGUAUGGGCAACAAACAUGUUCUUCCUGCUGCCUACCUUGUUGCUUUAUCCAGCUGUCACAAUGGAGGUCAGGCAGCCAGAUGUUCUUCCUCUUAUUGCACUCAAUGCAGUCCUGUGGACAUUCUACUGUCUUAAUUUUGUGACAUCACCGACGUGCCGUCUCAUUUACAUUUACCUGCAAAGCCUGACAUCAGGUGUGAAACACAGAUCACUGUUGGACGCAGCAUUAUUUCCUCCUGAGACUGACGUGAUUAAAGAGUUGCAAAGGAUACGAGAGGAGGUACGAGCAACUCGGAACCGUAGAGCGAAAGAAGCUGCAGCUGGCAGAAGGUCAGAACACCACAGUGGCUCAGUGACAGCAUGUGAUAUCAAUAGGCGAGGACUGAAACUCUACCAGACAAUUAAAUGUGUGAUGGCGGUGAAGCGCCGCCUGAAGCGGCAGAGGGAGAUGCAGCAGGCACUUGAAGAUGAGUCCUCAGAGUCUCCCACCACCACAUCACCAGCUGAAAGUUCUCCCACCGAAAGCUCUCCUGCUACCUCCACUCCAGACACACCACUAUCACCUGAUUUCCCUGUUUCUGAUGAAACUGAUGCCUGAAUCUCUCUUCAAUUUGUGGAAAAUGUUAUAACUAGUAACGUAAGUUUGACAGGCCUAUAGAAAAUGAGAACAAAGCUUAAAAUUCAAGAUUGUUUUCUACACUUGCACUUUUAUUGUUGCUAUCCAUAAGCAAUAGGCAGGUGAGAAUUGAAAGCUGAAAAAAAGUCUCAUUGCUUACUGACAGUUCAUAAAAGUGAAGCAGUUGCAGAAGAAAUGCAAAUCUUAUUAAGGUAACAGAGAUGCUGUAGAAUGACAUGCAUUAGAAAUUUUGUAAGUCUGCCUGUUGUGAAGCUCAAGCAGGUCUUUUAUAACGUGUGCUUCUCAAGUGUCAGCAGGCAUAGUUAAAGAAUAUUUUGCAAAUGUGUUGAAACUUCCCCUUUUCUUUUGUGAAUUGAUUGUGCAUUUCGUGACUUGAAGAAAAUUUUCAGUCACAUAGCAAAUUACGACCAUUUCUGGGGGGGGGGGGGGGGGGUGUUCUUGCUAUGGUCACUUUGCUUUUAUCUUCCAUUCAGAAAAAAAAUUAAUUUGUACAAGAUGUGCAAUGUUGUAAUUUUCCAUUUGCUUUAAAAUGUACAUGUUAAGGGUGUUUCACCAGCCAUUAAAAAUCUUAUUUUGAAGAACAACAAAAACACAUAGCAUUAAUCUACAGUAGUCAGUUGGUAAUAAUGAAAUUGAAGAACAUUAUUUCCACAAGUCUGUUCUUUUAAAAUAGUUUUUUAUUGUGCACUACUAGUUAGUUUGCAGUGUUGCUCAUUCUCAAAUGUGUGUACAAACAUAUCUACCACAUACCAGAUUGAAAUGUAAGUCAGAAUAUAAAAAACUAUAUGACUGCAUUGGUAGUUGAACAACAAUUGUUGUGUGACUUGUAUUUCAUUCAUAAUCUUUUGGAAUAAAAUGAGAAACAGUGCUAGACGAUAUUUAAACAUCAAAUAACAUGUUUGAAACAUGGAAAGUAGAAAACUGUUUCUUGAAAUUUCCCUCUGGUCAGUAUAAUAUACAGGUUGCAUUUUAUGUAGUUAUCAUGAGAGAACUGGGUUACAAUAAAUAAAAACAAAAACUAUAGCCUAUAUCUGAAAUGGAUUACCUUUAUGGAAAAAAUAUCUUAGAAGGGAAUGGAGGAAGACGGAUAAGCAGUUUAAUCACAGAAAAUAAAUAACAAGGUCAGAAGGUUAACUAAAGCCAUAAAUUUCAAACAAAGGUAAAAUUUAGUUUUGAAAGCCAAGGAAUAAGGUCUAGCAGAAAUUAAAGUAUCCUUCCCAAUUUAAGCAUUAUUUUGUGAUGUGUUGAUAUGAUAUAGGUUAACUUCCCAGAAAGAAACUACAUUAAUGCACAGAUUGGAUUGGUGAUUGGAUUGUAGAUCGUAAACAGGUACAAGCAAUUUGGCACAAUCUUUAAUGCACUUGUCUUCAUUUUGGAGGAACAAGGUUUCAGUUCUCAUUUGACAAUCCAAGUUAAGCUUCCAGUGGUUUUCCUAAAUUGAUUAAUAUUAAUGCUGUGAUUAUCAAUAUGAGAAAGAUGAGUCUGAAUUUUCUUUCCCACCUUUGUAUCCUUUUCUUAUUUAAACCGAUGCUGCAUUUCUAAACACCAUAUCAGUGAGGAGCUAGUCUUACUUCAUUGCAAAUUCCAGAAUACAAAUUAUGAGCUGCAGCCAGUUGGAAGUAUUUUACAGUGAGCUAACAGGUAUGGAAAUAAAUAGAAAAAAGGCAUAAACUAAGUUUGUGUGUACUGCAUCCCAUGGUACUGGACCUGAUCACAGUGGUUUUUUUAGUUCAUCAUCACCCCCCACCCCGGGUCUUUCCCUUUUCAUUGUCAUGACCUGGGGGCACCAAAUUAGAUGGAAAAAACAUUUGCUCUCAUCCAAAUUGACGGAACCGUUUUAUCACUUCCUGAAAGUAAUGUACGAAAGAAAUUUUCUACGAUUGUGUUUUCUUAGCUUUUAUAUAAUUUUUUCAGUUUCUGAAACUACUAAAAGCAGAUAGUUGUUCUUGAUGUAGUUUCUAACCUUUGUUUUGAAUCUCAUGUUCUUUAAAUAAGAUUGAGGCUGUCUGAAGUUAACAUAAUUUUGAAAUUAUGGUAGGUAGUGUUUUCUUUUAUUCAUAUCUAUGAGGGUAAGUCAUGAGUAUCUACAAUCAAUUUUUAUAAUUGAUUACAACAAGAGUACAAAAUUUUUAUUGACAUCAUUUUUCAACAGUCAUCAUCCUGCUUUCCAGUGCUCUUAGUCCAUCAUUCCACAAGCUUUGUGAUACCCUCUGAAAAAAAAGGUAUUUGAUUGCACAAUAAGCCAUGUAUGCACCGUUACUUUUGCCUGUUGACUGGAGCUGAAUCGGUGGCCACUUAAACCACCUUUAAGUGGACCAUUCAUUUUAGAAAUGUUUGACAUUCAUUAGCAUGAUGGUGCUGACAGAUUUUCAUGUAGUUACACUUGUGCUCUUCAUAGAGCUUUUUUUAAGAUAUUUUGCACCGAUUUUGUGAAAGUUGGGCUCAUUAUGUAUGAUUUUUGUGUGCUAUAACUAAUCUGUACAUGGUACAUGAUAAGCAGUCAUUUGAUGGGCUGAUUCAAUAUUGACAUAGUUGUGGCUGUAGCUGGACAACUCACUCUUUCUUUGUCCUUCACACUCAUCCAACCAUUUUCAAACAAACCAUUGUCCCCAUCUUAUGCUGACAAUCUUCUAUGAAUUGCCACUGCUGGUACACCUUCAGACCACAAAAAACGGACGGAACGCUGUUCUUCUACAGUGCAAACAGAGCGGCACAGACUUCUUUAUGUUGCAACAGUACAAAGCAGAUGAUGUAAUGAUGCUGCAACCUACCACAGGUGAAGACGAUGGUGCAGUGUAGUGCUGGUGAGCACAAAAAGCCAUAGAGGCAGCCUAAAGAUAAUUGGAGCAGAAGUGCAGAUACUUACUGACUUAGCUUCAUAGUUCAGCAAAUAAAACAAAGUACUGCAUACUGUGUGACACCAGUACUGAUAUUUUGAUACGCUGGACAGUUGGUAUGAAACUAAAACUAAUGUUUACAUACAAGGUUCAUACUAAUAGUAUGUGAACCAUUGAAUAAUUAAUGCUGCUACUUUACGUUUAUCCAUGUAAAACAGUAUUUGUGGUUUGGUCAGUAGCCUUUAGUAUAUGUGUUGUAUAGCAACAAAUGAUUUUAUGUCAAUUAUCUGACUUAAUCUGCAGUCGAAAUCUCAGAUUCCUACAAAAAUUUUGUUCAGUUUUCUGCUUUUGCUUGAUUAUUUGAUGAUAAGAAGUGAUAAGGUACAUUUUCAUUUCCUAUUCCCUCCCUCUUAUGCAACAACUGUAAUAAAGAAAAUGGUUUGUUGUUCUUAUAGUUGAAUUUCAGUGAAAACUUGUACCAUAUUGGAGAGGAGAAAUUCUUGUUAUUUGUUGAACAGAAAGCAACAGGGUUUGUGGCACAGCAGAAGUGAGAUGGAGGAUAAUAGUUGGAAUCUUGUCUCUUGCAUAUCAAGUGUGUAUCUAUAAGGGUUUCAAAGUAAAGUAAAGAUUGAAACCAGUUAAGGUCCUUUUGCAACAUGUACAUAUCUUAAGCACACUUUUUUUGUGCAAAUUCAAGGGGUUCAUAUUUUCUUGUACUUAAUGUUGUUAGUAUAUGUGAAAUUUUUAAACAGAAAUAAAUGUUAAUAAUAUGCUUAUCUGUGAUAUCAGGACUGUUGCAAUGUAUUGCAUAAACAUACAUAAAGCUUUGCAGCAAGUUGUGCAGAUCUAUGUAUAUAUCUAUUUAUUUGCUAAGAACAUUGAAUUGUUCUUUCAGAGACUUAACAGAUGUUUGUGAUUUAAAAUAUGUAUGACUCUUUGUUCUAUUUAUUUUUGUUGCUGAGAAAAUAAAUGUUAGCCUAAAUGACUUUACCUGGAAAUACAGUGUAUUUCAAUAUUUAGAUUAUAAUAAAUACCAUCUCAUGUGUAGGUUAAAUCGACACAUGAAUUGCAAAAC